AUGUUGAUCGAACAAAACCCCAUUUAUAGAUCAUCUGCAUCAUCUUUGUCUUCAAACAAGCAAGUCUAUAGUCGACACCAUCACCAUCAUCAUGAAGAAGAAAUCGAAGAGAUAGAAGAAGAUGAAGAUCACUCGAUCAGCAAGCACGAUGACCCAGACUCUUUGGGUGAUGAAUUCAACAAUAGCCAAAUCGUCUACAACAAUGAUGAAGACGACCAAGACGAAGAAGAAGAAGAGGUUGGUAUUCACCACAUGUUAUCAAUGCUUUCAAGUACUGCAACCAAACAAUUACAAAGAAAUCAACAACCCCAACAACAACCAUUAAAUAAUAAUAGUAAAAUUGUUUCUCCAAAUCAACCAUCACAAAAUCGUAAUACAUUAUCAUGGUUAAUGAAUCCUCAACAACAACAACAACAACCAAAGAAUCAUAAUAAUAAUAAUAAUUCAACCUCAUCAUCACUUCAUGAUAUUUCAAGUUUGAUUUCAUCUCAUCCAGAUGAUGCUGCAGAAGCUCCAUCCAUAUCAUCACCAAUCUCUGAUGAAGAAAAUGAUGAUGAAGUCGAUGUUAUUGAUCAUCAUCAUCAUCAUCAUCAUAAUCAUCAACAUACUAUUAAUCAUCAACAAUUACUUCAACAACAACAACACCAACAUCACAUUCGUCACCAAGAUGACCAAGAUGAAGAUGACGAUGAAGAAGAAGACGAUGAGGAUGAAGAUGACGAUGACGACGAUGAUGAUGCUAGUCCGCAUCAACGUUCAAUGUUUUCAUCUCUUUCCAUCUCACCCAGAAGUAAAUAUUCAUCGUCUGGUUCAAAUCGUUCAUCCAAUGUAGUUCCCAAACAAUGCAGUUAUGCCAAAUGUUGUAUCUGUGCUUACGGUCCUCCACCAUCCUUCUUCACGUCUGCUCCAACUUGGGCUGAUAUAUGUUAUAUUGCAUUAUAUUGUUUAACAUUAUCAAAACCAGAGAUUAAAUACUUUCACAUUAAAAAGGAUAUUUGUACAUACAUUGAUGCUCACUAUGAAGUGUUGUGUAUGAGAAAGAGAACGAGUAUCUGGAGACAGACGGUCAACAUGACGCUGUCACACCCACAAUACUUUGAGAUGUUCCAACAAGAGAGUGCAUUGGAGAAUGGACGCAAGGGAUACUAUGGCCUCAAGCAGAUCCACGACCCCUACGAACACACCGCUCUCAACAAGCGUAGCAGGAGAAAAAGAAGACAUGAACAAAAGAUGAUCCAAGAGGAAAUGAAAAAGACCCCUCUCAACAGUCCACCUUCUAUUGUUGGUCGUGGUGAUAGAGAUAGAGAUAGAGAUAGAGGGGAUAGAUCAACUGUUGGAAAUGGAAAUAGUGAGACUACAUCUACUACAUCCACUCCUCUUAUCCCUUCAAAUAAUAUGAACAGUAUGUCAAUGUCAAUAUCUCAACUCCAGCCACCCACAAAGAGCGCAAGAACUGGAGGAUUGACUGGAUCGUCUCCCAACCAACAACCAUUCUCUAAUCAUCACCAUAGCCAGCACAACAACCACGGUUACGACAGUGACAAUGAUGCCAUCAUCCCAUCUUACGAACUCAUUGCACUCUCUCAGUCGUCGUCAUCGUCGUCGGGUGUAGUCAAGAAACCUCAACUUAAACACAGUGCCAGUACAUCUUGUAUCGUCUCUCCCACCAUGAACCAUCAUCUCUACCAACAACACCAACAACAUCAACAACAUUUACACCAUUUACAACAAUUACAACAUCAUCAACAACAAAUGCAUCCUCAACAACAACCAAUUCCAAUUCCACAUCCAUCUCCUAUUGCUCAUCAUCAUCUUCAUAUUCAUAGUCAUCAACAACAACAACAACAGCAACCUAUUUCACAUAGUGGCCCUUUACCAUUAAUUAAAUCGGCAUCAACAAACUCGGUAUCAACAUGUAAAUUUGAUAACAUUUUAAAUCAUCAACCCUCUUCCAACUCUAUUCAUACUCCACAGCAACAACAGACUCCACAACAACACCCAUCGUCUGCAUCGUCGUUAUUGUAUGGUCAUAAUCAUCACGAGUUGAUUGACGACUCGCCUGCGUUGAUUAGCGGACAACAUAAUCAUUCGCAUCAUGCAUCGAUCAACUCGGCCAACAAUACACCCAGUCCCAAACGUAUUAAUAACCGUCGCACCAAAGACAAGCUUCGAUCGCUCCGAGCAUCACAAGAACGAAACUUUAUCUUUGCCGGCCAACAACUCAACUUUCAAAAUCAUUUGAUCAACAGUGCAAAUCAACAUCUUAUCAACCAACAUGUAGUUGGAAGUCAUCAAUCUAGUACCAAUACCACUACUACUUCUACUUCUACCGCUUCUGCAAAUGGUUCAACUACUCCAGUUCAACAAUUGUCACCUCCAACUCUUGUUCAACCAUCCUCUUCUCAAUCUCAACCAACACAACAACAAUCAUCACCAACUCAAAAUCACUUUGCAACUGUUCCAACUAGUAUAAAUAGUUUAUUAAAUUAA